GCAUUGCUACCAUCUUCGUGACGAGUCAGCUGAUCUAACCCGAACAAGGAAAAAGGUGUCGUAGGAAGAUCUGUGGAUGAUGGACGCUUUAAUUACUGUAGCGUUUAUAUUUUGCUCGGCUUUUACGGCAGGUGUUCAGGGGGAUAGCCUCACUAUAUUGCAGGCCCCUGAGUAUGUUUCCUUCCAAAAGGGAGACUGGCCCAUCUCUGGGGAGAAGAUCCCUGACAUGGUGGCUCUCACAAUGGGCUUCUCUGUCCAGGAGGACCUCUCCUGGCCAGGCCUACAGGCCGGUCCAUUGUUCCAGCGUCCCAAGGCCAAUGUGUUGGUGGUAGUGAGAGGGGUGGACAACCUGGCGCUGCCCCAGAGCGUGGCCUCCUACCCCCUGGAGAAUCCGGUGCCGUUCACCCUCGACAGUGUAGCUGAGACGGUCCACUCUUUGUUUGCUGAGGACACCCCCGUGGUUCUCCAGCUGGCCCCCAGUGAGGAGAGGCUGUACAUGCUGGGGAAGGCCAACGCUGUUUUUGAGGACCUUCCCGUAACCCUGCAGCAGAUCCGUGCUCGUCUGUCCCAGGAUGGCUCCGUGCUCGCUGCCCUGCCGCUGAACGCCCUCAGUCGAAACGCUGAGGCUGAUUUGCUCUUCCUGUCUGAGGUCCAGGUGUUGCAUGACAUCACUGCCCUGCUACAGAGACAUCGGCAUCUAGCCAAGGACCAUUCCCCAGACCUGUACUCCCUGGAGCUAUCUGGCUUGGAGGAGCUGGGUCGUCGAUACGGACAGGACUCACCUCAGUACAGAGAUGCCACCAGUAUUCUGGCUAACGUCCUGCAGAAGUUUGGUCAGGACGUGUUUGGUCUCUAUGGUGACAGUGCGGUGGUGGAGGUUGUCACGGUGAAGAACUUUGAGGCGCCACUGACCAGGAAGUCUCGCUCAAUCCUUGAGUCCAAACAAAUUAGCAACCCUGGCAGCCCCUAUAACCUGGCUUAUAAAUAUAACUUUAACUAUGCAGUCAUCUUCAACAUCGUUCUGUGGCUGAUGAUCCUGCUGGCCCUUGCUGUCAUUAUCAUCUCAUACAACUUGUGGAACAUGGAUCCAGGAUAUGACAGCAUCAUCUACAGGAUGACCAAUCAGAAAAUUAGGUUGGACUGAAGUCUGCCUAGCAACACUCCAUCCCUCCAAUAAGACCUCUCAUACUGAAACUAUCAUUUUUGUGGUUUCCUUGUAUUUCUGUUUGUUUGGUUUUUGUGAAAAAUCAAUGUGGUGCUGAAAGCUGUAGGCCUAAUUCUAAUCUGUAAUCUAAGGAAAGAAAUACAUUUUGGUACCAAGAAGAGAGAGGGGAAGUGGGAGGUUGGGUUGGGUAGGUGUAAGAAACAGGGUGAACAUUAUUCCACCUAGUGUAAAUAUGACCCAUGGUUUUACCUGUUAAACCAGAUAGUCUAUUGUCAUCCAUCCACUCCACUGUACAUCAGGUUCCCAUGGUUGUCUACGGACUGAGUAAACAUUGCUCAGGAGGACGUAAAUGUUUUAUACAAAAUGUAUAAAAUCUCGUAGAUGCAGUUCACUGUAAUAUCACUGGAUAAUUCCUUUGACAAACAAAGGUUGGCUUGAUAGUCGUUUUCUUGGUUAAUGCUAAAUUUCAACACUGAAGCAUUGUCUAGCUUUACAUUCCGUGUGAGUAUCCCUUAUGUUGUCCUGUUACUUCCCUUGUGAUGUGUCCAUUUUUGUUUUCAUUGUAAAAAGAUAUUUCUAGUGUUCUGAAAGACUGAAUUAUAUAUUGUGUGUGAUGUAAAUGCUUGUCUUGUGGUAUGGAACUGUUUUAAUUUAAACUGUUGUCUGUGUAUAUAUUGAAGUUAGAAAUAGAAAUGUUCAGAAGGAAUCUGUGUUGCAGGAACUAAAAUCUGUAAUAUUUCGGGGCAGGUUGCAAAUGCGCCUUGCAUGAAUUUGUGUCAUUUUGACAUGAAACCUUGAAAAUUCGUCAAAUAUGCACAAUAAAUAAAUAACUAUCA